CACAAAUCUUUCAAACAAAAAAACAAACCAGAAAUGGAGCAGAAGAACCAGCCUCUGCAAUUUGAUGAUGAUGAAGACGAGGUGGUGUUGUUUGGGACGUGGUCGAGCAGCCGUUGCACGAGGGUGGAGAUAGCCCUUAGACAGAAGGGCAUACCCUACAGGUACGUGGAAGUGGACCUCCAGAACAAGGGCGAGCUGUUCCUCAGCUACAACCCCGUCCACAAGGCGGUUCCCGUGCUGGUUCACAACGGGAAGCCGAUUGCAGAGUCGCUGCUCAUCCUCGAGUACAUCGACGAGUUCUGGUGCGACAGAGGACCUAAGCUUCUGCCUGAGGAUCCUUACCAACGAGCUAAAGUCCGGUUCUGGUCCAACUUCCACGAUGAAAAGAUGAUUCCAGCCACAUUCAAGAUGGUACUAACCGGAGGCAAAGUGGAAGAAGUGGAGAAGGCAGUCAAAGAGUUCGACGAGUUGCUCACCGUGUUCGAACAAGGGAUUCAGAGAGAUCUCCCCGCCACGUUUGGUCCUCAUCGCUCCGAUGACGACGGCGGCGAAGCCAUGGGGUUUCUUGAAAUCGUGGUGGGUAUAAACGUCUGCAACUACGCAGCCAUUGAAGAGGCCAUCGCCGGGAUGAUUUACGAAGCAAAGCACCCUGCGUUUGCAAAGUGGGUCAACGCCAUCACUGAAAAGCCUCUGAUGAAGGAGUUGCUCCCUCGCCACGACCAGCUCGUCGCCAAGAUCAAAGGAAUGCUUGCAUCGAUGCCCUAGUAAAGGGCUAGGCCCACGAGAUCAAUGGGCCUUCGUCGAUCACAAAAGCCACGAGUGAAGGGAAAGCAAGGCCUUUUUUUCGGCCCAGAAACAUUGUACAACCUAAAAUUGUCAUGAAAAGAAAGGGGUUUGCUUCAAUGAUAUUUUGUUGAUUUGAAUUUGCUUAAACUCCAUAUAAAGUUCGUUCGCCUUUCUUAUCAUUCUAAGUUAACUAUGUGUAGUCUAUAUUAUUGUGGCCUAGACCACAUCACAACUGUUUUAAAUCAAUUAAAAAAAAUUAG